AUGAGGUCGUCCAUGCUGGUCCUGCUCCUCAUGGUCAGUGCCCAGGCAGUGGCCACCAUGGGAGGGGACUUCUGCCCCCCGGUCUCCGCUCAGCAGCAAGGCCCUGCCCCCAAAAGGACCCCUAACUCUGCCCCCACCGUGGAUCCCAAACUGUUCACUAAGCGACGCUACCGCUCGCCCCGCGUUCUCUUCAGUGCCCAGCCGCCAGACACUGAGCCCACAGGACGCCAGGGGUCCGGGACCAGCAGGGCAAGGCGCAGGGUUGGUCAGCCGAAGCACCGGGGGGUGUACUCUGUGUGUGAGAGCAUCAGCGUCUGGGUAGGCAACAAGACCAAGGCCACGGAUAUAUCUGGCAACGAGGUGGAGGUGCUCCCGGACGUGAACAUUAACAACGUGAAGAAGAAGCAGUACUUUUUUGAGACCACAUGCCGUGGUGCGCGGGGAGGCAGCACUGGCUGCCUGGGCAUCGAUGGGCGACACUGGAACUCCUACUGCACCAACUCCCACACUUUUGUGCGGGCGCUGACUACCUUCAAAAACCUGGUGGCCUGGAGACUGAUCCGCAUCAACGUGGCCUGUGUCUGUGUGCUCAGCCGAAAGUCCUGGCGACAGUGACCGUACUCUCACUGGUCAUGUGGUCACUUCAGUACUGACGACAGGACCACUUGGUACUAUCAUGUGGCCACUGCAGUACUGCAGUCCCAACCCCCAACCACCUACCCGCUGGAGUGCUCUGAGACUCUGCCCCACUACAGCCCUCCCCUAGCCGUCUGCACAAAGUAAAUUAUUGAUUAUGAGGACUGCAAGUAUAUAAACCAACCAUUUCUUUAUCACUUGUUGUUGUUGUUGUUGUUUUGUUGUUGAUAUUGUUA